CUUUAAGAUAACAAUCCAAAUCCCAGCGACCAUGUCUAAUCAAUUCGAACCACUGAAGAACGACUUGCUUCUCAAAGCUGCGAGAGGGGAGAGAGUUCAAAGACCGCCAAUAUGGAUUAUGCGACAAGCCGGGAGAUACCUCCCCGAAUACCACGAAGCGAAAGGUACCCGCGAUUUCUUUGAAUGCUGUCGCGACCCCGAGGUGGCUUCGACAUUGACGCUCCAGCCCAUUGAACGAUACGAGGGACUCAUCGACGCUGCGAUCAUCUUUUCCGACAUUCUUGUUAUCCCACAGGCGAUGGGUAUGACCGUGGAGAUGGUGGAAAAAAAAGGCCCGCAUUUCCCAGAGCCACUGAAGUCGCCGGAUGACGGACAAUACGAGAGAGUGAUGACAAAAAAGGUAGAUGUUAAAGCGGAGCUUGAUUAUGUCUACAAAGCCAUUACCCUCACGCGACAAAAGCUGCGAGGUAGGGUUCCGCUGAUUGGGUUUUGUGGGGCUCCAUGGACGUUGCUGUGCUAUAUGGUUGAAGGAGGAGGAAGCAAGAUGUUCAUUCAGUCAAAGACAUGGGUAUACAAAUAUCCCGAGGCAUCCAAGGCGCUGCUACAGAAGAUUGCUGAAAUCUGCGUGGAGUAUUUGGCACUGCAGGUGGCUGCGGGAGCGCAAUUGGUCCAAGUGUUUGAUUCUUGGGCUGGCGAAUUGUCGCCUGCUUCGUUCUCAGAGUUCGCUCUGCCAUAUCUGCGAUAUAUCGCGGCCAACCUGCCUAAGAAGGUAGUAGAACUCGGGUAUGAGGCCGUGCCGAUGACCGUGUUUGCCAAGGGUGCUUGGUAUGCCUUGGAUGACUUGUGUCAGUCUGGAUACAACGUUGUGGGGCUCGAUUGGCUUCAUGACCCAGCGCAGGCAACUCGGAUUGCAAAUGGCAGAGUAACUUUACAGGGCAAUGCCGACCCAGGCUGUUUGUACGGUUCCAGAGAGGCUAUCACCGCCGUUGUGGAGAAUAUGGUCAAAGGUUUUGGAGGAGGAAAGCAGAGAUGGAUAGUGAACUUGGGCCACGGCAUCACUCCCUUUGUUAACCCCGAAGAUUUGAAGUUCUUUUUCCAAGAAAUUCACCGGCUAACUGCCACCUCUUAAAUAGCGCUUGCGAUGGUAUUUAAUGAGAGGCCCUUCGCGUUUCUCCUCGGUAUUUGAUAGAACGGCAUCUCCGCUCAAAAUCUGCACUUUACACUUCUAUGGUUGCAUAUACUUUAAGGGCAGUUUCAACAAGGGAUCACGGGUGUCUUCCUUUUGAUGCCAACUCUGUUGAUACCCUUCUUCUGACCGAUUAAAUACAAGUCAAGCGAUCAAUCAUCUUUCCAAGAACGUAUUCGGUAAAGGACUAUACAGCCAUCUGUUGCCCCAGUAAAAGUACACAAAUGCAACCCGUUUGGGUACAGCUCUCAGUAAUGAAACGGGGAAGUAUUAUCCGAGCAUGAUGUUAUCCAGGGCCGCCUGGGCUCUUCGAAGGAUGAUGCUGUAGCCUGAGGCAGCGCGACGAUCAGUUUCAAGAGCUUAACCUUAAAUGCACCUCGGAGCAUUGGAUUGUCCGAUCCCGAUACGCCCCAGCGGAGAUAAAAAUAGCUUGGCGCUGGUAACUGCGAGUGAAUCGCGUCAGCGUUUGGCUAGGACGGCGAGGAAUCCCCACCGGAAUCAGGGGCAACGCAUGAAAAAAAUU